AUGGUGGCAUGGACUACAACUCCUUGGACUCUUCCCAGUAACCUCGCAUUGUGUUUACAUCCUGACUUGGACUACCUUAUAGUAAAAGAUCCUGCAACUGAUGCUGAGUAUGUGGUUAUGGAAGAACGCUUGUGUGAGCUGAAGAAUGACAACCUUGUGGUUUUGGAGAAGGUCAAGGGGCGCACAUUUGAAGGAAAAAGCUAUGAGCCGCUAUUUCCUUACUUCACAUACAUGAAAAAGGAGAGGAAUGCGUUCCGCGGCUUUGCAAUACAUUUGUCACCACAGAUCAAGGAACUGGUAUUGUACAUCAAGCUCCAUAUUUUGGAGAGAUUGACUACCAAGUUUGCCUUGAAAAUGGAAUCAUCACCAAGGACAUGAAAAUUGUAUGCCCCGUUGAUGAAACUGGGAGAGCCACUUCUUCAAAGUCGUAAGGUCAAAGGACUAGGUCUGCGAAGACUGUAAAGCGAUGAGCCUAAAAUGAAGAUGCAAGGACCAGCCCUGCACUCAAAGCGUCACCAUCCAGUAGAGAUGUUUUUUUUGUCAAUGUUGC